GAAGAAAAUAUGACUGUAACAGAGGAUUUUAGUAGAGUAGAAAAUACUUACCAAAUGGAAGCAGAGGUCUGUAUCAUAUUCAGUGAUUUUGGGAAAAUGCAGAAUGUUUGCAAUCUACUCACUGAAAAGUUAGGAACCUCUGUUACCAUCAGUGCCCCUCAUUUCUCCCACCCUCCAGAAGCCAUAGACACCCUUCGCCGUCAAGUCUGCGUUGCUGCUGUCAGAAACACUCGGCGGAAAGCGCAGGAAGUCUGUCACCUGUUUGGCCAGUCCUUGGGAAAGCCUUUAUGGAUAAAAGAAGAAGAAACAAAAGAAUGGGGAGGCCACAUAGACUGUCACCUGUCACACUCCCCUGACUCACUGACUCUGCAGGAGAGAAUCCAGAGUGCUACUGCUUAUGCUUCUUGUCGAGUGUGUGCUGUGUUUGAGAUAAAGGGGAGGGAAAACAGAAGAAGCAAAUUGCUCUAGAAACUUUCCAAUCCUACACAUUUUCUUAAUAAAGUUUUUAUAC